ACUAAAAUUACACAGUAAAUACUUAAGUUCAGUUGGUUAAUUAUUUUGUAGCUUUUGAAAAUUCAAGAAGGAAACAUGAUUAGAUAUCAAACAGGGAUGAGAAUAACAGCCAAGCAUCUGGAUCCAAAAAAUCUAACUUUCUCAGUUUUUACCGCAGAUGAUAUUAAAAAUUUAAGCGUAAAAAAAAUAACAACUCCUGAUUCCUUUAAUGUAAUUGGACAUCCUUUAAUCGGAGGAUUGUAUGAUCCUUGUUUAGGUCCAACAUUUGAUUUUUUAGACCCAUGUAGAACAUGCGGUGGUAAUGUUUCUAAAUGUCCUGGACAUUUUGGACAUAUAGAAUUACCAAUGCCUGUUGUAAAUCCAUUAUUUUAUAAAGCAUUACGAACUUUAUUAAAGUUAUCGUGUUUAAGUUGUUUCACAUUACAAAUUCCUCCAUGUGCCAAGUUAUUACUAGCAGCUAAAUUAAGACUUAUACACGAUGGUUUAUUUACUUCAAUCGAAGGAUUAGAUCAAGAAGUUACAUUAGCUUUAUCAGAUAUGAAUAAUGCAGAAACUGAAGAUGUUUCAUAUUUUCACAAUAUUAUUGAAAAUUACAUGGAAAAUAUUUAUAAUAAAGAAAGAUAUAGAAUAAAUAAGUCUUCAAAUGAAUUAUUUUUUGAUACAAAGAAUGCUAACGUGCAGUGGCAUAGCUGUAUAGAUCAUUUUUUAAAACAAUAUAAUGGUAGAAAAGUGUGUAUCAAUUGUCAAAAAGUAAUACCAAAAAUUAUUAGUUUAAAAAAUAAAUUAAUGACCACGAGAGUGCCAUCAAACGAAGAAGAUAGUUCACAUCGGGUUGUACAUAAAUUAGAAACAAUUAUUAUAAUGCCAGAUCAAUCGAAAGAAUUUUUAAGAAAGUUAUGGCAGAAUGAAAAAGAAACGUUAAAAGUAUUGGUUUCGUGUUUGAACAAUUUAUUAAUAGAAAAUCCUACGGAUAUAUUUUUUUUCGAAGUUAUUCCUGUUGUGCCUCCAAUAGUUAGACCGGUAAAUAUGUUGAACGAACAGAUCGUGGAACAUCCUCAAAGUCAAGUUUAUAAAUCAAUUAUCAUCAAUUGUCUCACUCUACGAAAUGUUAUUCAAGCUAUUCAAGAUGGUGACACGAAUCAACUCCCUGACGCAGGAAAGCUUGUAUUUAACAGUAUAAGAGGUAAUUCUGCUGUCGAAAAACUGCACAAUGCAUGGCAAGACUUACAAGGAAAUGUGGACCAUUUGAUCGAUCGCGAUAUGAAUAAGACAACAGAUUCUACUAUUUGUCAAGGAUUACGACAGAUUAUCGAAAAGAAAGAAGGUGUGAUACGUAUGCACAUGAUGGGCAAAAGAGUAAAUUAUGCUGCCAGAUCGGUCAUAACACCGGAUCCAUAUUUAAACAUAGAUGAAAUUGGUAUUCCAGAGCUCUUUGCUACUAAACUUACAUAUCCUGUACCAGUUACACCCUGGAACGUUACCGAGAUAAGGCAGUUAAUUUUAAACGGACCAAAUGUACAUCCUGGAGCUGUGAUGAUCGAAGGCGAAGAUGGAUUAAUUAAGCGUUUAAGUCCCGAUAAUUAUGUACUUAGGGAAGCUAUUGCCAAGCGACUUCUUACAAUGACUGAAAAGGCAAAUAAAUUUUUCCAUGGUAUUAAAAUAGUUCAUAGACAUCUUCAAAAUGGUGAUAUGUUGUUACUAAAUCGUCAACCAACUCUUCACAAGCCCAGUAUUAUGGCACAUAAAGCUCGAAUACUUAAAGGAGAAAAGACGCUGCGCCUUCAUUACGCUAAUUGUAAAGCAUAUAAUGCUGAUUUUGACGGUGAUGAGAUGAACGCGCAUUUUCCUCAAAAUGAAUUGGCUCGCUCCGAAGGUUACUACAUUGCCAAUGUCACGCAUCAGUAUUUAGUACCUAAAGAUGGAACGCCAUUAAGUGGUUUAAUUCAGGAUCACAUGAUAGGUGGUGUAAAAUUAACACUUCGUAGCACAUUUUUCAACAAAGAAGAUUAUAUGCAACUCGUAUUUUCGGCCCUUUCAAUGAUACAGGGUAAUUUAAUAUUGCUCGCCCCAGCUAUCAUAAAGCCUACGCCUAUGUGGUCCGGGAAACAAGUUAUCUCUACCAUUAUUAUAAACAUAAUUCCACCAAAAAAAUCAUUGAUCAAUCUUACCGGAACCGCUAAAAUAGGAGCGAAUGAAUGGCGAGCGAAAAAAUCAAGACCCUGGAAAUGUGGUACGCCAUUUACGAAUCCUAACGAUAUGUCUGAAGCUGAGAUUAUUAUUCGCAAUGGGGAAUUGCUUUGUGGAGUACUUGAUAAGAAGCAUUACGGUGCCACUCCGUUCGGUCUUAUCCACUGUGUAUUCGAGUUGUACGGUGGAACAACAUCGAGUAAAAUGUUAAGUGCUUUUGGAAAAGUAUUUCAAGCGUACUUGCAAACUAUUGGAUUCACUUUGGGCAUCGAAGAUAUUUUAGUUAAACCAAAAGCCGAUCUUAAACGUGCUGUAAUUAUUAAUGAAUGCCGGCAGAUCGGAGAAAAUAUUCAUAGAUCAAUUCUGGAAGUUCCGGAUAAUACGCCAAUGGAGGUGGUAACGGCAAAGAUGGAAGAAGCAUAUCGUUGCAAUUCGAAAUUCCGGGCUCAAGUCGACAAAAGUUAUAAGGCCGCUUUAGAUUUAUACACGAAUAAAAUCAAUAAAUUAUGCUUGCCUGACAAUCUCAUAAAGACCUUCCCUAAUAAUAAUCUUCAGCUUAUGGUUCAAUCAGGAGCCAAAGGCUCCACUGUCAACACCAUGCAAAUAUCGUGUUUGCUAGGCCAAAUUGAAUUGGAAGGAAAGCGACCGCCUCUUAUGAUCAGUGGCAAAAGUCUUCCGAGUUUUCCGCCGUAUGAUCCAAUGCCAAGGGCGGGUGGUUUCAUUGAUAACCGAUUUAUGACGGGUCUUCAACCUCAAGAAUUCUUCUUUCAUUGUAUGGCUGGGCGCGAAGGUCUUAUCGAUACAGCUGUAAAAACAAGUAGAUCUGGAUAUCUUCAGAGAUGCCUGAUAAAACACAUGGAGGGAUUGAUGGUUAAUUACGACGCGACGGUAAGGGACUCGGAUGGUUGUCUCAUUCAGUUUUCUUAUGGUGAGGACGGUUUGGAUAUUCCCAAGUCGCGUUUUUUGAACGAAGAACAAUUUCGAUUCUUAAUCGAGAAUAAGAAUGCCGUCGCGGACGAGGAUCUGAUGAGACGUCUGAAAAUGUCCGCCGAGACCCAGACGAUCGCCAAGCACGCAAAGAAAAUCCGUAAGUGGACGAAGAGGAAUGGCGGUGACCUACUCGUUAAGCGGCGGCUCAGCGAAUUUUCCAAGUUCUCCGUCGAUAAUAGGAAUCCCAACAGCAGCAAGAACAAGAUCAUUGAUUUCCAAUGCGGGAGGAGCAAAGCCGCGAUCUCCCUCAUGAAAAAGUGGAUACGCGCGGACGAAGAAACAAAGAACUCUUAUAGGAGACAGUGCGUGAAGUGUCCGGAGCCACUGAUCGCCAAGUACAGGCAGGACACGACCUUUGGUAUAUUGUCGGAAAGACUUGAGCAAAUGUUGGAGAAAUACGUGAGCAAAGCCACCUCUUUUACGGCAAAAUUGAAAAAGGAUGAGCUAAAGGAUGUCUUAUGCGCAAAAGUCAUGAAUACCUUUUGUUCGCCCGGCGAACCAGUCGGUCUAUUGGCCGCGCAGUCGAUCGGCGAGCCCUCGACCCAGAUGACCCUCAAUACCUUCCACUUCGCGGGACGUGGUGAGAUGAACAUGACUCUCGGUAUACCACGGCUACGCGAGAUCUUGAUGAUGGCCUCGAAAAACAUCAAAACGCCGAGUAUGGAGAUUCCGUUCAAGAAGGAUAUAGUCAAUUUGGAAGUACAGUCGACGAAGGUACGACUUAAGCUGACCAAAUGUUAUGCCGCCAACAUCCUCGAGCACAUCGAGAUCCGUAAGAGGCUCGUCCAGCGUGAUCAAUACGUGAUCGAGUACGUGAUUCACAUCGAUUACCUGCCCUACAAAUGCUACAAAAAUGAGUUCUACAUCCAACAGCACGACGCGAUCGCCAAGACGGAGACGAUGUUCUUUAAAGAAAUGUUCAAACAAAUAAAGCGAGUCUUAAAGAAGACGGGCGCCAAUGUAUUUUUCCAGGAGGAUAAGAAGCAAACGAAGAAUGACGAUUUGAAAUUGGACGAGGAGGAGAUGGUGUCCGAGAACAAUCCUAAUUUAGGAAAGAGAUUCGACCUUGGAGAGAUGCACGAGUCGUCGGACGAGGAGGAGCUCGCCGAAGAUGCGGAUGCGACCGUGUCGAGGUCGGUCGCGCGUCACAAAGAGAAUCGGGAAUACGAGGAUCCGGAGGAGAGCGAUGAAGAGUUAGAGGACGCGCCCGACGAUAAUCCAGCUGAGCCGACUAAGUUCAAUGAGGACGAAGACGAAGACAACGACGUUGCAAUGGAUUGGCAAAAGACGGAGGAUAUGAAAUAUGAGCAGAGGAAAAAACGCGUUAUCGAGACUUACCUGCACUGCACCAAUUACGAUUAUGACACGAAGGACAGCCAAUGGUGCGAAUUUACAUUUGAAUUACCCAUUCAAAUGUCCAAGUUUGAUAUGCCAAUGAUACUUCGUAAUGUUGCGAACAAAUUGGUUUUCUGGGAAACACCCUGCAUAAAGAGAGCAUUUAUAAUCGAAAAUCAAAAUGGAGAACAAAUAUUAAAGACAGACGGCAUCAAUAUUGUGGAGAUGUUCAAAUACGAUAAAAUUUUAGAUUUGUGUAGAUUGUAUACCAAUGAUAUUUAUGCCGUAUCUCAGACUUACGGCAUCGAGGCGGCAUACAAAGUUGUCAUUAAAGAAAUUAAAGAUGUAUUUAAAAUGUAUGGAAUUGUUAUAGAUACAAGACAUUUGUCGUUGAUAGCGGAUUACAUGACGUUCGAAGGCACUUUCCAACCUCUUAGCCGUAAGGGCAUGGAAGAUUCAACUUCGCCACUUCAACAAAUGAGCUUCGAAAGCUCUCUUAAUUUUUUAAAGAAUGCCACCCUUCAAGGUAAACGUGAUAAUUUAUCUUCACCCUCUAGCCGUCUGAUGGUGGGUCAACCUUGUAAAUCUGGUACCGGCUCGUUUUCGUUAUUGGUAGACAUUCAACAACAAAUAGAUCAAUCAAAUUCCUAAUGAGG